GGCCUCAUUGUUUGCGUCAAGCCGUGAGCUCAGAUUGGCUGAGCCGGCGCGGAGCCGAGCCAGUCGGGGUGGUGGAGGAGCCUCGGCUGAUCCUCGACUCACGCGGGCGGAAAGAAAAGGGUAGCCGUCGGCAGCCGGAGCGGUGGGUGCUGACUACGGGUUCGCUGAGGUCGGCCAGGGGGACAUCUACAGACAAAUAUGUCUUCAGGGAAGAAGGACUUCACAGGCAAGACCGUAUUUGAAGCUGAAAUGGAACAAGUUGACAAACCAACGGCAGACUUGGUCACAAGUACACUUUCGACAGAAGACAUUCCGGAAGCCAAGAGGUGCACGGUGAUCGGAGGCUCUGGGUUUCUGGGACAGCACAUGGUGGAACAGUUGCUGGCAAGAGGCUAUGCUGUCAAUGUAUUUGAUAUGCGACAGGGGUUCGACAAUCCCCAGGUGAAGUUCUUUAUGGGCGACCUCUGCAACCAACAGGACUUGUACCCAGCUGUGAAAGGUGUGAGUACAGUUUUCCACUGUGCAUCACCCUCCCCAUCAAGUAACAACAAGGAACUCUUUUACACAGUCAAUUACAUUGGCACCAAGAAUGUCAUCGAGACUUGCAAACAGGCUGGGGUUCAGAAACUCAUUUUAACCAGCAGUGCUAGUGUUAUCUUCGAAGGUGUCGACAUCAAGAAUGGCACAGAAGACCUUCCAUAUGCCAUGAAACCCAUUGACUACUACACAGAAACAAAGAUCUUACAGGAGAGAGAGGUCCUGGUCGCGAACAAUCCCGAGAAGAAUUUUUUCACCACAGCUAUCCGCCCCCAUGGCAUUUUCGGCCCAAGGGACCCCCAGCUGGUCCCCACCCUCAUUGAGGCAGCCAAAAAAGGCAUGAUGAAGUUUAUCAUUGGAAACGGAGAGAACUUGGUGGACUUUACCUUCGUGGACAACGUGGUCCACGGACACAUUCUGGCCGCAGAGCACCUUUCACAAGACACGGCCUUGGCUGGCAAGGCGUUCCACAUCACCAAUGACGAGCCCAUCCCUUUCUGGACAUUCCUGUCGCGCAUCCUGACAGGCCUCAAUUACGAGGCCCCUAAGUACUAUAUACCCUACUGGGUGGCCUACUACCUGGCCCUCCUGCUGUCCCUCCUGGUGACAGUGCUCAGCCCUGUUGUACAGCUGAAGCCCACUUUUACACCCAUGCGUGUCGCACUGGCUGGCACAUCGCACUAUUACAGCUGCGAGAAAGCCAAAAAAGCCAUGGGCUACCAGCCACUGGUCACUAUGGACGACGCCGUGGAGAGAACUGUGCAGAGCUUCCACCACCUGCGCAGAGUCGAGUGAGGUCCCCGAGAUGGGGCCCCCUCGCCGUGCUCCCCCAUGGAUAGCUCUCUCUGUGGGGGACCAAUAAACUAACCUCCUUUAAGUGA